AGCCACCCGGGCGCGGAGGUGACGGUGCUGGACCUCUUUGACCGGGGCUGUCCCAAUCCCAUUUUUGGGAGCCACCCGGGCGCGGAGGUGACGGUGCUGGACCUCUUUGACCGGGGCGCGUCGCUGCGGCCGCUGUGGCUGCAGGUGGCCGGGUUCCGCCGGGCGCUGGCGCCCAUCAUGGCCAACGCGGCCCGGGGGGUUCACCUGCUGGGCUACAGCCAGGGGGGUCUCAUCUGCCGGGCGCUGCUGGCCACGACCCCCGACCACAACGUGCAGAGCUUCAUCUCCCUGGCAGCGCCGCAGAUGGGCCAGUACGGGGACACCGAUUACCUGAAGUGGCUUUUCCCCCGGCACAUGAAAUCCAACCUGUACCGGCUCUGCUACACCCCCCUGGGCCAGGGCGUGUCCAUCUGCAACUACUGGAAUGACCCCCACCACCGGGAGCUGUACCUGAACAGCAGCGACUUCCUGGCGCUGCUCAACGACGAGCGGCUGCACCCCAACGCCUCAGACUGGAAGCGGAACCUGCUGCGGAUCCAGCGGCUGGUGCUGAUCGGGGGCCCCGACGACGGCGUCAUCACCCCCUGGCAGUCCAGCCUUUUUGGGUUCUACGACGCCAACGAGACCGUGCGGGACAUGGAGGCGCAGCCGGUGUUCCUGCAGGACACGUUCGGCCUGCGCUCGCUCUGGGCCCGGGGCGCUCUGGGCGGCUGCGCCGUGCCCGGGGUCCCUCACACGGCCUGGCACAGCCACAGGGGGGUCUACGAGAAAUGCAUCCGGCCCUGGCUCACCUAGGCCAUCCUAUGGAUUCUAUAGGGGAUUUAUAGGGAUUUAUGGGAUUUAUAGGGGAUUUAUGGGGUUUUUAGGGGGGUCUGUAGGGGAUCCAUGGGCCUGGCACAGCCACAGGGGGGUUUAUGAGAAAUGCAUCCGGCCCUGGCUCACCUAGGGGAUCCUAUAGAUUCUAUAGGGGAUUUAUAGGGAUUUAUGGG